AUGCGUGUGCUCGGUUUCCUCGCGGGCGUGGCCUCAGCGACAGCGGUGUCACCGAGUGUUUGCGGCAGCCACCCCGAAACGGUUCCGGACUGUGACAAGCCGGACCUCGGCUCCUGCGGCAAUGCCUGCUGCGUUGCAGAGCUUUCCCUCUCAACCGCGCCUCUCCAGGCGUACACAGACACGAAGAGUGCGCUGAUGAGCUUGCUGUCGGAUGGCUUCAGCUACGUCACAGGAGGCGAUCCCAAUCCAGGAGACGAUCUUCGACCUUACAAUGUCACCAAGCCAAAGAAUUUUAAGUUCAUCUUCCAGGGCCGUCACGAUGCCCCGAAGUACAAGGGCCCAAACGCAGACAUCCUGGAUUUCGCCAUUUACGAGUCUGGCGCCGGCUCUGUUCUUCGAAUGUUUUCUCUGAGUCGCAUCCAUGGGGCUUUGGGCGAUCACGGCCAGAACUACAAGACGUUGGCCUUCCUGGCGCAAAAGUUGGAGUCCAACAGCAAGCCGACUCCCGUGCACGGCUGUGGCUUACCGGCUGCAGCAACUGUGCAGAGGGCCUCGCUUUUCUUGCAGCAGAGGAGUGUCCUCGACCUCAGCACACCACCUUCUUCAAGUGUUUGCGGAGCUUCUCCUACAAAGGUUCCGGAUUGCGAUAAGCCGGACUUCGGCUCCUGCGGCAAUGCCUGCUGCUUAGCAGAGCUUUCUCUUUCCACCGCGCCUCUCCAGGCGUACACAGACACGAAGAAUCUGCUGAUGACCUUGCAGUCGGAUGGCUUCAGCUACAUCACUGGAGGCGAUCCCAAUCCAGGAGACGAUCUCCGACCUUACAACAUCACCAAGCCCAAGGGUUUCAAGUUCAUCUUCCAGGGCCGUCACGAUGCCCCGAAGUACAAGGGCCCAAACGCAGACAUCCUGGAUUUCGCAAUCUACGAGUCCGGCAGCGGGUCGGUACUUAGGAUGUUUUCGCUGAGCCGAAUCCAUGGCGCCUUGGGUGACGCUGGCCAGAACUACAAAACGCUGACUUUCUUGGCCAAGAAGCUGGAUGGAUCGGAGAAGCCCACGCCCCUGUACGGCUGCGGACUCGCGAUCGACUCGGAGAUCCAGGAGUACGUCCAGUAG